AUGAAGCUCAAGCCGGCCCACACGCUUUACGACACCCGAUGGCUACACGGGAUCGAGCAAUUUCGAGGAAAUCCGGACCCGGCCGUUCAAGCAGCUCCCGCUGCCAAGAAUUUUGAUCCAUUCGCCCUUCUAGAAGAAACCGUCACGUGCACGGCGUGUCGAUGUGCCCUGGAGGAGACGGACCGGGACGAGGUUUUGCAACACUACAAGAGUGAUUGGCAUCGGAAGAAUGUGCUUCGCGUAUCGCACGGCAAGCCUCCACUUUCCGAGGAGCAAUUUGACGAUGAAUUCGCAGAGGAAGAUGCUUCGUCCGAGUCUUCUGAUAGUGAUGAAGAAGAGGUAUUUAUGGAUCGACUCCUCGGCUCAACUUACGAAUAUUUUGUUCAGGAUGGAGAGGUGUUUUCCGUCUAUAAAUGCAUCGUGCCGCCCGGCGAAGAGUUGGACAUCAGCCUCUUCCGGAAGACGAUCGACUGCGCCAUUUUUAUGCUGGCUGGCGGGCACUUUGCGGGCGCGGUUUAUAAAAGAGGCCAAAUGAUUCACCACAAGACGAUCCACCGGUACACCGUCAGGGCCAAGCAGGGCGGCUCGCAAAAAGCGCAGGACGCUCGAGGGGGUACUGCCCAUUCGGCCGGUUCUGCUUUGAGGAGAUAUAACGAGCGCACUCUAUGUCAAGAGAUCCAGAGAUUGAUCAAGGAAUGGUCUUCAACACUAUCUGAGACUCCGCUCAUCUUCAUUCGCUGCAGCAGUUUCCACCGGGACGCUUUCUUCGGCGAAAAUCUCUUCAGUUCGAAAGAUCCGAGAAUGAGAACCCUCCCGUUUCAAACGAUCCGCCCCGGCCUCGACGAGAUCAAACGCGUCUACGCCUUGUUGGCGUCUAUUUUUGCUCACGGGCCAGAGGAAGAAUUUAUUCUCAAGCUCAAAAACAGCCGAGAGAAGACGCGGCAAGUGCUGACCAAAAAGCGAAAGGAGCAGGGAAUCGUGGCGAUCGCGGACAGUGACGAAGAAGAGAAGGCCGCUGAAGAAGCUGCAAAAUUGAGGCAAGAAAAGGCCGAGCGCAAGAAGAUCGAGACCAUCGCCGAAAAAGAAGAGCGAGAAGCGUUGGACCCGUUUGCGGAUAUCGACAAGUUAUGGCGUGCUUCUUUAUACACUGGCGUUCGCAACGACGAUGCAGAGCAACUACAGACAUUCCUCGAUGCCGGCGUCUUUCCAUCGAUGAAAAACGAGAAGGGGGAAGUGCCGUUUGAUGUUUCUGCCGACAAGUCUGUGCGAAACCUGUUCAUGGCGUUCCGCAACAAACAGGCCGAGGCCAACGAGAAGCUCGACUGGCGGUCAACACAUAUCCCGAUGCCGACGGCAAAGGCCGAAAAGGAUGAGGCACAGCUGGAGAUUGAGCGAGAGAAGAAGAGGGUGAAAAAGGAGCGACAACGGGAACGGCAAAAGGUGAAAAAGGCCGAGGAAAAGGUCGAAGCUGCCGAGAAGGCUGCUCAAGCCGAAUGGCUGUCGCUGUCAGACCGAGAGAGACGAGCUCGAGCCGCUGAGGCCCGGAUGGCCAAGCUGGAGCCGAAGCGGGGCCCGAGAUGCUAUCAGUGCGGCGGUGUGAUGCCUGCGAAGCCGUUCAACUACUCCAAUUUCGAGUUCUGCGCGCCAGCGUGUGUGGCGCUGCACCGGAAUUCACAACCGGCCGCCAAAAACAUA